AUGUUAUUAGCUAAAGUUCAAAGACCAUGGUUAAAGGUGAACCAUAUUGUUUUGGUAUCUGGACGUGAUUUCUGCAAUCCUUGUGCUCCUGAGUGUCCGCCAUACACUCCCUGUCCACCUUGCCCCCCGUGCCAACCAUGUCCACCGCCUUGUCCCCCCCCUCCGCAGCCACCACACUUUUGCUAUCCAAGAACCAAAUAUGACGUAAACUUUGUGUACAUUAACGAUAAACCUCCCGGUACCACCGUGCGGGAUUUUUUCGACCGAGCAUCGCAAGUGGUGUUUUGGACAGAAAUUUUUAGAGGAUUUGCGGUAACACUAGCUCACAUAUUUAAAGAGCCAGCGACUAUAAAUUAUCCGUUCGAGAAAGGCCCUCUCUCACCGCGUUUUAGAGGUGAACAUGCAUUAAGGAGAUACCCAUCAGGAGAAGAAAGAUGCAUCGCUUGUAAGCUCUGUGAGGCUAUUUGUCCAGCGUUAGCUAUUACCAUAGACGCCGAAGAGCGAUGUGAUGGUUCCCGUCGCGCCACCAGGUAUGACAUAGACAUGACAAAGUGCAUAUAUUGCGGAUAUUGUCAAGAAGCUUGCCCAGUAGAUGCUAUUGUGGAGGGCCCAAAUUUUGAGUAUUGCACGGAAACUAGGGAGGAACUUUUGUACAACAAAGAAAAACUACUAACCAACGGUGACCGAUGGGAGUCGGAGAUAGCAAGCAAUAUCAAAGAUAAUCACUUGUACCGUUAG